CUCGUUGCCCGAGAAGUGACAGUACCGCCGCGACUGACCGGCGGGGCGCCGUUCCGACUUCGGAGCACCAGGGGCGAGAUUGGCGCCCCGCAUCGCCGGCGAUCAUUUCGGUAUCCUACGCUAUCUCACCUUCCAACCAUUCUCCUCCUGACCACGAUCCCUGGUCUACGGAUGCCGACUCGCUGAUGGCCGGGCCUGCGGCAGCCCUCGAUGCCAGAAGUCCCGGCGCGCCAAAUUCACAGGCGCCUCGUAUCCAUGCCAGGCGGUGCUGCCUCUCCUGUCGCGCAAAGAAGGUUCGCUGUCACCUUCCAGAUCCACUCGUCCCAAACUCCAGCGCCCCUUCACCCGCCCAUCUCGCCUGCUCCCGAUGCCAGAGGGUUGGGCUGGCCUGUAUCGUCGAUGAUCAGCAUCUCAAGAGACUCUUGAUCAGACCUCGCGAGACCGACUCUCGUGGACAGCCUUCGGAUACUGCUUCGGAAACGGGACCUCUUGCAGCGGACGCUUCCACUUCCCCAGAUCACUCUCGACGUGAAGCGGCGGCUGCUCUCAGCUCUUUUGCUGGCUCCCUUACUGCCGAAAGAAUUGCAGCACCGGAGAGUCUGGAAGAUGCGAGCCAUCGUCAGAAGAGGAGAUGUCUCUCUGCUCUCGAGCAUUUGCCCGGCGGAACCAUGCUGCCUGACGAAGCUGCUCACGGUGGCAGCACGUCCUCUCUGUCUGGCGAAGGCUCACCCUCGCUACCACGCACAGGAGAUCACUCACAGAGCCAGAGCUCUGGCAAUGCAGACGCAAUACGGUACCUUCACCGCCCGCUAUAUGCGCUGGGGGAGCUCUUAUCACUAGAUGUAGGCUUCCGACAGUACAUUGAAGAAAGGUACAAGGGACUCUCAGAGCUCUCAUCUACUUCAGACUCAAGCAUCCACGACUAUGUCAGUUUUCAACUGUGCGAGGAGCUGGAGCCUUUACUGCAACCACUCCUUGCCUUUAGUCCCUACAUACCAUCCUUACAGAGCGUCUACGUCUCAUCGAAAGCCAGGGCCUCACUGCCUACAGACUUGCUCCUAGCCGUGCUAUGCAGUCUGGCACUCCGAUAUUCUCCAGACAAGUCGCACAUGGCGCAAAAUGUGUGCGCUUUCAUCGACCGCUUGGGCACCACCGUUCUCGUCUCCCUGCCUCCAGCCCCAGAGACAGUCAUGGCCCUGACGUUGUUGCUAGCCUAUGAACCAAUGGCUCUCUGCUCUGGUCUCCUACGCUUCGGGCCACUGAAGGGUUCCGCCAUCAUAGGAGAGGCCUUGCUCACCGCCGCCGUGUCUGCAGCGUUGUCUCUGGGCUUCGACAAGGCAGAAGUACCCGACGCAAAUGCGCCUUUGGCCCGACAGGGAUCGGAUGCAGGCGCCUCGGAGCUGGACCUGUGCAAUACCGAGGCCAAGAUCUCAUUGUGGUGGACUCUGUCAGCUUGGCAAGCGUACUUCGCACUCAACAAGGUACCUUUUAGAUCUCAUCAUCUUGACCAGGAAGCGAAGCGCGCCUCUUCCUACAUUCGAUCGACAAAGGACACAAGUGACCGGGAAGUCGAUGUCCCGCGUCAGCAAGGCCGCAUAUACCUAGCUCAUCGCAUCUUGAUGUUGGCAGAGAUCUAUGCCGCGAUUGAGCAGUUGGAGGUCAUUUGUUCUACACUAUUGGGCUCGCCAGCUACCGGUGACCUAGAUGCAAGACCUGGAUUGCCACCUGUGGUACAGGAGAUCCGUCGAGAGGCUGAGGCCCUUUGUCAGCGUACGCACGAGCGUCUCACAGAGGUAGAGGAGGCGAGAAGCGUCGUUGCAGUGCGAUAUGGUCAUUCGGCUGAAGUGACGUUCCUAGAAGGUUGGUUGUCCCUCGAACAAAGCUCCCUGCAUAGCUUGUUCCUGUCCAAAGCGGCCGUCGCCGGGGUCAGUGGCACAACAGACUUCAUCUUGCCUCUACCGACCUUUAUAGAGGCAAUCCGCUCGAGCGAGUCCACUUCUAUCUGGCUGGAACGCCCAGGACGUGCGAGGCGCGAAGCAGCAGAGAGAGCCAUCGGAGCCUUCUGCGGCCUCGAGGAUGGAGACGCCACACGCGCUCAUAGCUGUAAUGGCUGGCGCGAGGCAGGACGAUCUAGGCUCAGAGUCUCGGACCCCGUGGGCAUGCAAAGCUCCGAGGUCGGUGGUCCCCCAACAGAUCAGCUCUGGGCAUUUGCCCCAAUGUUGACUGCUGCUCUCCUGCUGGACAGCUGCAGGGCGCUGCUCGAGGCCGAAGCUUUCACCCGCCUUGUGAGCCGCCGUCAGUCAUCCAGACGAGAAUGCCUGACGGUCCUUGUGAAACAAGCAGCUGCUCGCCUCAGGCAAAGCUGCGCCAUCAAGAAUAACCAACGGUCAGACGUUAACGGCUCUGCCUCGGCUCACCCGUCCCCAAUCAACAGUUGUGUGGCAGCGAUGCUGGAGGAAAUGCUCGUCACAUUGAGCCAGUGGCAUCGCCAUCGAUCCCAUCAAUUGGCACGGGGUGUCCCUCGCUACGGCGCAUCAUUACAAGCGUCACGGGCUGACGCAAAUCGCAGCGCUUCACCCAAUGCCUUUAAUUUGCCAGUUCCAGAGUUGCCCUCGGUAUCUCGCGAGCAUGCGAGCGCAGCACUUCCCGAUUUUUCCCUUGCUCUGGCUCCGGUGCCGGCGGGAAACGACGAUCAGUCCAUGUCCUUCUUGUAUGGCAGGCACUCCAAUCUCGAUACUGGCGUGCAGUGGCCACCAAUAGAUUACCCUACGGACGCUUUGUGGCUCGAUCUCCUCUUGUCAAUCGAGAGCGCGUGUACCUGACCUCGAGCGUCUUGUGCAGAGAGCUGCCACGCCGCUACCCCCGAUGAGGCUGCAUCGCAGUACAGCCUUCAGGACCGUCUCGGUCGUGCACCACUUUCU